AUGGCCUGUGUCACUGGUAAAAACUCCAAGCCGAAGUCGAUGAGCAAAGCCAAAGAAUGGACAGUCGAAGUGGAAAACCUGUUCAGAUUUCAACAGGCAGGCUACAGAGAUGAACUGGAGUACAUACAAGUCAAACAGGGAGCUUUGAUUGAGAGAUGGCCAGACACCGGCUUUGUGAAGAAGCUCCAGCGUCGAGAUGACACGUUUUUCUACUACAGCAGGAAGAGAGAAUGUCAGGACUUUGAGGUCCACAAAGUCAAAGUGUAUGCAUACUGA